CUUUGGAAUAAUUGCACCUAAGUCUAGCCUCGCCCUCAAAGGGAUACACGUAAUGGGAGGGGUUAUAGACGCAGAUUACCAAGGAGAAAUAAAGGUCCUUUUGUUAAAUCAGGGACCACAAGACUUGCUAGUGCAAGAAGGGGACAGAAUAGCCCAAUUGGUUAUCAUCCCCAUUUACCAGGGACAGGUACAUAACGAACGGCCCCCACCUUACAAACAGUAAGAGGAGAUAAGGGAUUUGGCUCUACUAACCUAAAUCCAGGGGCCAAACUCUGGGUGAGGACUGAGAAAGGUCCCCCAGAACCAGCAGACAUUAUUGCAACAGGCAAUGACAACACUGUGAUACUCUCCAAGUCAGGACAAGAUAAAUGGGAAUACGUGCCUUUGGGCAAAUGUUAUUUGAGAACGUAAGAUGAGUUGUAUCUUUACAGGCAAAGCUCAUUGGUCCAGCUGUUAUUGUGAUGACUGCACUUACUCUACACCCUUUGGUCGGUUCAGAUACCAACAACGAGAUUGGAGGUUGGGACCAGAGUGAUUCCGCAGAGAUGAAGUGGAAAGAGAUCGAGAUAUGAGUAACCUGCCUGACCAAUGACUGUCCAAACAUGAGGGCAAGCCUGUAUGGAGAAGGCUAUUUUAGCCACAAUGACACUGAGGCGAUGAACUAUAUUAAGCUGCCGCACGAAUCAUUUGAUAUGUUAACGUUAGAAUCUUCAACACUCUUUGGCUGCCGCAUACUAUAUACACACAUUGACUCUAAUAUUACUUCAGAAGAACUUGCCCAAUAUUGGGUAGGUUACACAAAUCAGCAAAGCACAAAGCGUACGUACACUAUUAUAGAGAAUAGUGUGCAACCUACUGCUGCACUAACAGCACCCCUGAUACCUUUUAGUAUUUACUUUUAAAAAUUCAAAGGACAUCCAUGACAACUUGUUCUGACACCCCUAAAUCAGACAGACACCUCUCGCCUUGGGAAGAACACAAUCACUUUAUUAAGGCAGCAGCUAAUGUAUAUAAGAGCUUGGAUUUAUGUAAACCAUGUUGGGUGUGUGGCCAUACGCCACAUGCUCAUGACAGAGGGUACCCCUAUUUCCCUAAAGUAUUGACGAAAAAAGACUUGUUGUAUAUCAUCAGACAUAAUGUUGGUUUUGACUUUCUAAUAAGAAAUGACACAAGUGAGGUCCCCAAGAUCUUCUUAAGUGAAGAUACUAGGGAGAGACCAGGUGCAGUUAAACUGUGCAUGGGGGAAUGGGAAUACCCUGAUGACUCAGAAAAAGUAGAGACUAUUAAUGUUUAUCAAAAAUACUACACUGACCGUAGCUACCAACUGAACGUCCGACCUAGCAGUUAUGUAAAUACCGUGGCAUUAUCCUCUUUUUACACAGGAUGGAGUUUUGACUAUUUUAAUGGGACGGAAAAUGGUGAGAAAAGAACCGAGGGCAGAUGGAAGUAUGUCCUAGGAGAAGGUGAGGCAGAGACUAUAAGUCGAUGAUGGCAUAAAAUAGUAGGUACAGGAGUGUUUAGUACUUAUUUCAAAUUUAAAUGUUAUAAUGUAAGCUGUAUAAAUCACCCCAUCCCUUCAAGAGGAUUUUAUUGGCUUUGUGGGAGAUGAGCUUAUAAAAAACUCCCAUGUAAAAUGAAAAUUGAUUGUACCUUGCGAAUGGUGAUGCCCGCCAUUUACCCUACUAAAACUUUACCUGAAAACACCCAUCAUUGUUGGCAAAGACGAGGCACCGAUUUAUCAGGAUUUAAAAUGGAUAGAAACAUGCAGUUUUGGGUCUCUCUCUAUCCAAUGGUGGGGGUGGGAAUGAUGAUAACUAAUUUAAAUAUUUUAAUUGAUACUAUUGACGAUGCCUUUAAUAGCACAGGACUUGCUAUCAGUUUGCUUAAUUAUGAGCAAGAACAGAUUAGACAGGUAGCUUUGCAGAACAGAAUAGCCUUAGAUUACUUGCUUGCAGCAGAAGGAGGAGUAUGCAAAAUAAUAGGAGGCAAGGCAUGUUGUGUGUGGAUAGAAGAUAAAUCAGGGAAAGUUAAGCAUGAGCUUCAUCAUUUAGAAGAGAUACAAAAACGCUUUAGAAAACCACUAACCACAGACGACUUGGAACACUGGCUAGCUAAUACUACUGGACAUUUGGUGUAGGAACAUGGAUAGGAGGACUUGGGAUGAAAAUAUUAAAAGACCACUCUAGCCACCCAGACCACUUCAGCUUAAUGAAGUGGUCUGGGUGCCAGGUCCAGCUAGGGUUAACCCAUUUUUUAAUAAACAUAGCAGUUUCAGAGAAACUGCUAUGUUUAUUAAUGGGUUAAGCCUCCCCCAUAAUCCUCUAGUGGCUGUCUCAUUGACAGCCACUAGAGGCGCUUGCGUGCUUCUCACUGUGAUUUU